CCGACCAGUCAGCCGCAUUCCGCGUUCAACGCUCAGCGCUAACGCACGCUCUCAACUCACAACACAAACACAAAUGUCCAACAUGUCUUACGAGAUCGCGUACUCGCUCCCCGACGACGGGCCGCAGCCCGUCUCGCGCACUUAUCAGUACCGCAAAGUGAUGAAGCCGAUGCUGGAGCGCAAGCGCCGCGCUCGCAUCAACCGGUGCCUGGACGAGCUCAAGGAGCUCAUGGUGUCCGCGCUGCAGUCCGAGGGCGAGAACGUCGCCAAGCUGGAGAAGGCCGACAUCCUGGAACUGACCGUGCGCCACCUCCACAAGCUGCGCCGCCAGCGCCGUCUGUCGCUGACCCCCUCCGUGGACGCCGACCGCUUCCGCGCCGGGUUCACGCACGCCGCCAACGAGGUGUCGCGCUGCCUGGCGUCCAUCCCCGGCGUGGACGUGCGGCUGGGCACGCAGCUCAUGACGCACCUGGGCCACCGCCUCAACGACAUGCAGCGCGCGGUGGACUCGCCGCCCGCCAGCCCGCCCAGCCCCGCGCCCUCCAGCGCCUCCUCGUCCUCGGGCUACGGCAGCCCGUCCCCGCCCUGCUCGCCGCUGCCGCCCUCGCCCGCGCCGCUGGACUGCAGCACCAGCGUGUGCAAGGCCGUGUGGCGCCCCUGGUAGGCCGCAGCCCGGCCGGCGGCUGCCGGGCCUCGCGGUCACAUCUGUUCCAGCACCGAUCGGGGUCUCGCCUCGCCGCAAGCCUCUUCGUCUUCCACUAGUUGUAGUGUCGUUCAUGUUCUAAACAUUGGAACUUCGAGUUAGACUUACUACUGUAAGGAUCUCAGCUUUACUUAGUUACGUAAUGUUAGUGUGUAGCGGUCCGAAGCUUUAAUAGGUUAACGUUAAAUUGUAUGUGAUAUAUAGUCUAAAGAGUAAUUUUAUUGUAAACGAGAUGUUGUAUUGAGCCGCACCGAGGAUGAGUGGGUUCGGAUUGUUAUUUUUUAUGUUUAAAAAGAUUUCAUAAAUGAACACUUACAAGACAAGCCAGUAAGUUAAAUAAAAAAAACAUUAUUUCAAAUCUUA